GAGCAAGAGAGGAAGCACAGAUGAGAACAGCGUCACAGACAGCAAGCAAGGGGAGAGGAGGUGAGUUCAUAUGGAGGAGGAGUUUGACAGAGAGGCAGGGAGCCUGUGAUAGACCGUGAGAAAGAACAGGAGAGAGAUAGAGGCUGUGAGUGAGGGAGGAAGAUGCUGUUGCCAGGGAACGAGGCUGAAAUAGCUGGAACUAUCUUUUACAGUUUGGAAGAGGAAAAAGAGGCAGUUAAAGAUGGAUACAAAAUGGAGUAAAUUGGAAGAAAACAGGUGGUCCUGAUCACGGACAGCAUCACAGAAUCGAAGGAAAAGUGAGCAGAGGCCCUCAAAACCUGCAGGAAAAUGGGUACAGCAGAAGUCACUUUACGCAUGGACAGCAUGGACGUCAAGGACGAGUGGCAGGAUGAAGACUUCCCCAGGCCACUGCCAGAGGAUGGAGAUGUCAACUCAUGUGGCUUAACUGACACCAGAAGCAAUCCUCCCACCAGUCUGAAUGUGGGAGAGUCAAUCAACAAUAGAAUGCGUCGCACACUGGUAGCCCCCGAGAUGAACCUGUCCCUGGAUCAGAGCGAGGGCUCUGUUCUCUCUGACGACUUCCUGGAAACGCCUGAUGACCUGGACAUCAAUGUUGAUGACAUUGAGACUCCAGAUGAGACCGACUCACUUGAGUUCCUGAACAACGGCAAUGAGCUUGAGUGGGAAGAUGACACUCCUGUGGCCACAGCCAAACGUCUUCCAGGUGAAGGUGAAGAUGAGAGAGACUCCUCUGGUCGUCUGUGGCGAACAGUGAUAAUCGGCGAUCAGGAGCAAAGGAUUGACAUGCAGACCAUUAGACCGUACCUGCGAGUGGUCACCCAUGGAGGUUAUUAUGGUGAGGGUCUGAAUGCCAUCAUUGUGUUUGCGGCCUGCUACCUCCCUGACAGCAGCUGUGAUGACUACACAUACAUCAUGGAGAAUCUCUUCCUGUAUGUUGUUAGCAGCCUGGAACUGCUGGUGGCUGAAGAUUAUAUGAUUGUUUACCUGAAUGGAGCAACUCCUCGCAGGAAGAUGCCGGGAAUAAGUUGGCUAAAGAGAUGCUACCAGAUGAUUGACAGAAAACUGAGGAAAAACCUCAAGUCUCUGAUCAUUGCACAUCCAACAUGGUUUAUCAGAACUGUUCUUGCGAUCUCAAGACCUUUUAUAAGUGUGAAGUUCAUGGAUAAGAUUCGAUAUGUUCACACGCUGGAGGAGCUUAGUCACAUCAUCCCUAUGGAGCAUGUACAGAUUCCUGAAUGUGUUCUGCAGUAUGAUGAUGAGAAGAUAAAAGCACAAAAAUUGAGACAGGAACAAGAGCAACACCAGCAGAACAAGUCAAAUCCUCCUAAAGAAAGGCCAAAGUCAGUGUUAGCAGAUGUUAGCCGUGACAUCUGACAUUAAGAAGACACGCGAUACAGCAAAUUAAAUCCUUGGGGAAGGUCCAUCGGGAGUCUUGGAUGCCAACAUUCCUGAAGAUCGAUUCAUGUCUUAUACUAUAAAGAUCCUCAGCUAACAGCUCUAUUUUCAUUGAAUGUACAAAAUAAUAUAAGGACCUUGCAAAAGUAUUCAUUGACGUUGGGCCUUUUGUUUUUUUGAGUUCUCAUGGUACAGAUCUUAUGAUGUCUUUUGUGAAGAAGGCAAAAAGAACAUGACUUUUGUAUUUCUGUAGAAGCAAAUCCACUAAAAGUGUCCUAUACAUAUCACUUCAGUCGCUUUGUCCCCGGAACCCCAAAAUAAAAUCCAGCGUAAC